UCAAAAAGAUGAUCUUUGGUCUUGUACAGAAAACAGUCUGAUGUGUUUAGCAUGAGACAUCUUGCACUUCAAAUGACUGUAAAAACACUUUACAAUCGGUUGUUUUUCACUUUAGUGCUUUUAAACGGCAGGGUGCUCUUCCAGUGUUUUUGUGGCGUUCAUGGAAUUGUGGGAUUGAUGCAGUAUUUUUCAUUGACAUCCGGUCAUACAGAACAUCCAAGGUCUGUGGAUCUACCCCGACAGCCUGCCAGAUCUUCACAUGAUGUCACAAUCCAUCAGAACGUUUGGACAAAACUCAUACUUCACAAACUGGACUGUUGGAUCUGAAACAUAAUGGAGGAGUUUAAUGACAGCAGAAGUGGCACAAACUCCAGUGAAUCCCCCGGGCCGGUGUUCAGACGGGUUGUGAUCGUGUUGGUUGAUGCUCUGAGAGAAGACUUUGUGUUUGGUUCUGAUGGCCUCAGGUUCAUGCCCUACACCAGACACGUGGUGGAGAGGGGCUCGUCCCACAGCUUCAUCGCCAAAGCCAGAGCGCCCACCGUCACCAUGCCCCGAAUAAAGGCUCUGACCACCGGCAGUAUUCCAGGUUUUAUUGAUGUGGUGAUGAAUCUGAACUCUCCGGCUCUGUUGGAGGACAACCUCAUCUGGCAGGCCAAGAACGCUGGCAAACGCAUCAUCUUUUAUGGCGAUGACACUUGGGUCCGACUCUUCCCCAAACACUUCAUGGAACAGGACGGGACUACAUCCUUCUUCGUGUCCGACUACACGGAAGUGGAUAAUAACGUCACCCGUCAUUUGGACGACACCUUAAAAAGAGACGACUGGGACAUUCUCAUCUUACACUAUCUGGGUCUGGACCACAUCGGUCACAUCAGUGGACCGCACAGCUCUCUGAUUGGACCAAAGCUCACGGAGAUGGAUGACAUCAUGAAGAAGAUACACGCAGCCCUCAUAUCAAAGGAAUCUGAAGGCACGUCGCCGAACCUGCUGGUGUUGUGUGGAGAUCACGGCAUGACUGAAACCGGCAGUCACGGCGGAUCAUCAGAGCCAGAAAUCAACACGCCCCUCGUGCUCAUUAGCCCCGCCUUCAGGAGGAGAGGUGGCUUUGAGGAGCCGGGUGUUCUGGAGCAGGUGGAUCUGACGCCCACCCUUGCCCUGGGUCAGGGGCUGCCCAUCUCUAAGAACAGCGUGGGCCGUUUGAUUCCAGCCGUGUUUGAGGAUCUGUCACUCAGAGAUCAGCUACGGUUCCUUCAGCUUAAUGGACAUCAGCUCAGCUGUCUCCUAGAGGACAACAAUCCAACCUUUCACAAGGAAGACGGUUACGAGCUGUUUCGUGUGGCAGAGAAGUCUCACGGCAGCUGGAUGAAGCUCUAUAUGGACGGAAACACCUCAGAGGUUCUGGGUAACAUCGGCAAGAAGGUUCUCAAACAGUAUCUGGAGGCUCUGAAGGCCAUGAGUUCAGCCCUCAGCAAACAACUGGGCAAAUAUGACAUGUACUCCAUGAUCAUGGGCAUGAUACUCGUUCUACAGGUUCUGAUCUUACUGCUGUUGGCUAUGCCGGAGGCGUUGAGCAGAGAAGCGGUGGUGGACAUCCCGUUGGCGGCGUCUUUGUUCUCGCUGCCCUUCUACCUGCUGUGUCUGCUGGGCUCCGCCCUGCACGUGCUCAUCUGCACCUCUGCCGGUGGUCUCUGCUACCUCUGCAGUCUCCCCUGGGUCCUAGUGUUCGCCCUCAUCAUCCUCUCCUCCGCCCUGAUGUGUGCUCUGGUUGCCAUGGCGGCAAGGAGGAUGCCCACCAGCAGUAAGAGCCCUACUAAGGGCUCUGGUUGGACUCUCUCGGAGUUGGACGUUGUGUUGUUGGUCGGUACAGUGGGUCACACCCUCAGUUUGGCCUCCAGCAGUUUCAUCGAGGAGGAACAUCAGACCUGGUACUUUCUGCUCAACACUUUGUGUCUGGCCGUCUUCCAGGACGUCUGCAGGAAGUACUUCAGCGAACAGGAGGAGGGUGGAGAGGAAGAGUCUUUCUCCUCUUUCUCUCCGGCGGUGGAGCUGGGGAUGAGCGUGGGUUCAGAGAAGUGGUUGGCCCUGGCGACCCCGCUGCUGACCCUGACCUGCUGUCGUCUGCUGAGGUCACUCAAUCACACCGGGGUGCAGUGGGCACACCUGCCCGACUUUGGACACUGGCUCAACAGUGGAGAUCAUAAGAUGUUUCUGUCGUUGCUGGGGGCUCUCUCUCUCGCUCUCAUCUUCCUCCUCAUCCAGCGGCAUUGCUCUCUGGUGUCUAAGAUCGCCCUGGCGCUCGGCCUUCUCGGCGUCUACAGCUACCGCGCCGCCGUCGGAAACGUCCUGUUCCCAUGGCAACACAGCAGCCGCACCGUCUCCAAGGGAACCGUCGAGGCGCGAUUCGUCUACGUGUUUGUCCUCGGGAUCCUCUUCACCGGCGUCAAGGACCUGCUGCGAGCUCAGCUGACGUCCUCGGCGGGAGACGGCGGGCGGCUGAAGAGCAGGGGAUUGUGGGAAGUGUACAGUGGGGUGGUGUUGCUGGUGGCUCUGCUCUUCAGAGCUCAUAAUCUGCCCACGCUGGCCUGCUGUCUGCUCGUUCAGACCGUCAUGGCUCAAUUCAUCUGGAAGAGACUGCAUUACGACGCCGCUCAGACCACCAUCAUGCACUACUGGUUCGGUCAGGCCUUCUUUUACUUCCAGGGAAACUCGAACAACAUCGGGACGGUGGACAUCUCAGUGGGGUUUGUGGGUCUUGAGAGUUAUGUAGAAGCACCUGCUGUUAUCCUCACAGCGUUGAGCACAUACGCUGGACCUCUGCUGUGGGCCUUCCACCUGCUCUGUUACCUCACCUCACAGAGACACAGGGCUGUAAUGGGUCUCGGUCAUGGUAGUUACUGUUUCGCCCUCCUGCGGUCCAUUCCAGCGGUGUUUUAUGUGGUUCUGGUGACGGGUCUGAGAUAUCAUCUGUUCAUCUGGAGUGUGUUUUCUCCUAAACUCUUAUAUGAGGCCAUGCACACUCUGGUCACCACGGCUGUGUGUGUGUGCUUCACAUUCAUGGAUCAGGACCGCUCCGGACGACCAUAAACACAGCGGAACCAAAGCCAAACUCAGGUGCAGAAAGAGAGAGGAGGAUGAAAUCAAACAGCUGUGAAGUUCUGAACUUGUGAAUCAAAGCCAUGAUGCUUUUACUGAUGUGUUUUCACGGACGUGAAUAAAUGAUAUUUUUAUCAGGAGUAAUUGAUGGCACAGAUGAUGCCGUGAGAUGUUCCUCCUCUGAUUAUUUUCUAUGCAGUUUUAUUCAGAAAGCUUUACAGACGAAGAUGAUAGUGGAAUGUAUGUUUCCUUUUUUUUCUCGUGACCGUCUCUUCACCUCUGCAUUCAUGUGAGAUGUGUUAUUCAUUCCUCACACUGAAAUUUUAAGAGAUCUGAAAACGAAUUUAAUUGAUAUGUGGCUACGCAUGACGCUUGGGGUUAUUCAGCCCUUUGGGAACAUGAAGUCAUUUAUUUUAGUAAGUGCUUGUUCUUUAUCUCAGUCAAUGGAUCUGAUUCAUAAUAAAACAAGUCAGUUUAGUUUCAGGUUCAAUUCAAGUCUUUUUUUACAUGAUUUUUAUUGUGCGAGCUGUAGUUUGAGUCUAUUUAAGUCUAUAAUUUGGUGAAAAGCAAGAAUUUGUUUCUGUCUGAUUCAUUCAUGUUGUUUUUCGGUGUGAGCUCUAUGCAAGAAAAAGUUAUACUCCUGGUCUUUUAUGAUUAAAUGUAGUAAAUGUUUGGUGGUUGCUUGAUUUUAGCCGUCUCUAAACCUGGUCAGAUUACGCAGUGUUGUCUCUUCCACUGAGAACAGUAAAGUUAUUGGUGUCUUGUGCAUAAUUUGCACACAUAUGUUGAAUCACAUGUGCGUCUAUAUGUUUAUUCAGCAUCACAGAAGGGCUAGUUUACGGUUUAAACAGAAAAUCUGUAUAAUCGCCUGUGAUGAUUAUUCUGUAAAUGUCAUAAUAAACCAAUAACAGUGUAGCAGAUUUUUGAUUUUAGUUUUAUUUAGUUAUAUUAAUAUUUUAAAUUAGCUUUUAUUUUUAGAUUUUUGGUUUAGCAAUUUUGAUAUAGGCAUAUGUCAUUUUAUAAUUUAUUUGUUGUUUUGCUUUAUAAGAUUAAUUCAUUUUUAUUUGAGUUUUUGUUUAUUAUUAAAAUUUUAGUGCUUUAAACUUAUUUCCGUUUAUUUUUUAGGCAAAAUUUUAAUUUUUACUUUAGUUAAGUCUUUCCAAUAAUUUUUAGAUCAGUAUCUUAUUUGAUUUCAAUGAACAGAAACAUUUUCAAAGUUUCAAUUUUAGUAAACUAAAAUAACCCUGCCAUGUAGACACACACUGUCUCUCUUCCAUCCUUGAUGUUUUGAUUUUCAUACUCCAUGCACUUAAUGAUGUCAUGCAUGUUGUCCGCACUAAAAAAAACAACUAGUAGGAUUUACUUCAAUUAUUUUGUUAAUUUGCUUAAUUUUUUUGUGUUAAUCGCGCGCAGUUUUAUUAAGUUAAAUUACUUGAAAAAAAUGUCUGCCGUGUUUAUGCACACAGUUUUAUUAAGUAAAUUUACUUAACUUUUUGUGUGUUAAUUUGCUUUAAAAACUGUGCUCGAAAAACGUGCCACCAAAUAUUAAGUAAAUCCAACAAUUUUUUUCAGUGCAUUGAACAUCGUUGGUGUUUCUGACAUUCGUUUCAUAGAGACCAUGUGUCAGUCUUAUUAAAAGACAUGUGCUUUCGUCCAUGGGUUGUGUGAAGGUCGAGCUCUGCUUUGAGCUUUUUAUCAGCUGGAGAAGAUGAUGUUGUAACCCAGUGCCCCGCUGAACUGUGAGGAUCCUCCGGUGAGAGAAACACUGUCAUGACCUCUCAGAUGCUCUUCAGAUCCUCAAUACUGAGUCACAUAAAGAUGGAGUUUGUGUCGAAAUGCAGUCCUGAUAUAAACACUACCGAGCUUGUGCUAUAGUGUACCAUCUCACACUUUUGUUUUUUUCCUCCCAGGGGCAGAAAUGUGUGAUUCCAUGUGUAAAUAUAUCGUCUGAGUCUACGUUUGAAUGAUGAAUGUGAAAUGAUAGGAUUCAUUCUUGACGCUUGCUUUGGAGCGGGGUGUGUAGAUUAUUACAUCUCCAUCUGAACUGUCUGUCAGCGAGUUCUUUAUGCUCAGUGGGUUAAGAGCGGUCAGGGGCGAGACAGGCGCCGGGUCACCUCAGACUCUCUGAGUGAGUGAGUGAGUGAGUGAGUGAGCAGUGAGAUUGAUUCUGUUUUAGGUCACGUGCUGUCCGUCAGUGUCAUGUUGGUGUUUCUAAAGCUCACGUGUUCUGUCGUCCUCUCUGAGCUUCUUAUCAGUGAAGUGCACUGCAAACAUGAUUUGUUUUGACAUUAUCUGGAUCUUGUUUUGUGUUCUUGUAGCUCAACUGGCAGAGCAAACUGCUAUUACAGAAUAAAUGAAGAGACCAUUACAAAUUUCAAAUCAUUAUUUCUAGAUGUAUCGCGUUCAUUCCAGUCCAACCUCAGGAGUGACAUGAAGUCAUCCAACAGCAAUGUGAAAGACCGACAGCACGGCAAGAUCCUUUUGGAACUUUUCCUAAAUACAUGUAGAAAUAUGACUGUUAUAUUGCUUUAAAGAAUCUGAAUCUGAAAUUGUUUUCUUUGCAGUAUUUGAGGUCUGAAAAUAUAUUAUUUUCACCCGUUUCUCCAGUUUUCAUUUUCUGCAAAUAGAAACAAUAUUUUUGUUUGAAAUUUGGGAGAAAUAUUGUUAAUAGUUCACAGAAUAAAACAAAAACUAUCAUUUUACCCCAGCACAUACCUAUAAAUAGUAAAUUCAAAAUAUUUUUGAAAUGUCUCUUUUUUUCUGCGGCUGUACACUGUAAGAAAUUAACUAAGAAUGUAAUUUUCUGCCAGUUCUUUAUGCUUUAUUUUGUUAAUGCUAAAACCAAACGCAAUGCAGUGUAAAAUCAAAAUACAGGUAAACAACUGUGAA